CCGUUGGCUUCCCUGACACACUUCCUACAGUCAUUUCUUUCAGCUGAGAUCUUCCCCUUUAAUACCUCGUUAAUUAACGUGUAAUCUUUUGGUUAAAAUGUCAAAGCUAAGACUAAACCCGAAGAAAAGAAUGAAACCACGGGAAGUUCUUCAGACUUAGUCGUCAGCAAGGUUAUGGCCCGAAGCCGUGCAGGGGCGGCGCGCGGGGAAGCUACUGGCAGAGCUGUGCGCACUGGGGGUGCUGCAGGCGCUGGGGAGAGUGUGGAGAGGCUGCGUGGAGCUGCGCGCUCGGGGUGGGGGCUGCACUCCCAAUGAAGCGCGUGAAGGGCAAGCGGUGAUGGGUUCUGCGCCAGUGGGGCUGGGAGCGUGUCGGGGGCUGUACGUGGAGCUGCGCGCAAGGUGAGAACUGCGCAUCUAGGCUUGGGGACUUUGCGCACCGCAGGCUGCAGGCGCUGGGGAGGGUGGAGGGGGCUGUGCGUGGGGCUGCUCUCACCGGGAGCUGCACGCUCGGGGAAGCGCGGAGGCGGGGGUGCUGCGCGGUUGGGAGCCCGUGGGGGAACACGCAGGGACUGCCGGCGAGAAUGGCUUCGAACGCAUGCGCCCCACCCGACAUUUCACAGUCGCCAUGACGACCGGGAGGUCCGCAACGGCUGCGGGGACAAGACCGUUGAGGCUGCCAGGCGAGUCAGGCCUUUCUGGACCUCGCCUGACUCGGCUGGGCUGUGCCUGAAAUUGACCCAGCUCUAUCAGGGAUUAUGAAAAAACAAGGAGUAAGCCCGAAGCCGCUGCAAUCUUCCCGCCCCAGCCAGUCUAAGCGGCGGUGCGGGCCUCCCCCCUCCCCACCUCCCGCCCCGGAGCGGGAGGUAGAGGAGGAGGUGGAAAAGUCGGCCCUAGGCGGCGGGAGGUCCUUCCGGCGGAGGAUCCAAAAUGUGGAAAAUCGAAAAGGCUUGGAGCUAAAGGUGGUGGCCAAGACCCUUCUUCUCGGCCCCUUCCUGUUGGUCCGUAAUUCCCUGGCGCAGCUCCGGGAAGAGGUGCACGAACUGCAGGCGUGGUGGUUCCCCAGCAGAACCACUUUGGACAUCGCCGUCCUUGUGGCAUAUCUACAUUGGUUACAUUUAGUAAAACUUUGUGAAAAUUAUCGUUAUUUCUCUCACCUCUCAUCUUUGGAACGGGAGAUGACUUUUUGCACCAAAAUGAUUAGGUUUCUUCUUCUAACAAAUUAAUUUGUGGUUUAAGAAUAGCGAGACUAUGAGGUAGAGAUGUAUUAGGAAUUGAAAUGAACUUUUGGUGAACUGCACUGUUUCAUAAGCUAUAACCCAGGUUUAUUAUUUAAAUAGUAAAGUGUUUGAGAUUAUUUUUCUGUUACUUCAUUAUCUCUCACCCUUUCCUAAUGCAGACUUCUUUUUAAGAUAAUAAAGAUGAAUUAUAAUAGCUGAGGAAGGAGAAGAAUGCAAGCUCUGAAAUGACAUCCUUAAAUGCUGAUACUGGUUACAACCUCUUUACCUCUCUGAGGAAAUUGUAACAGUGUGUCUUUUAAGGUGUUUUUAUUUUACCAGCCCUUAAGAAAGAUCUCUAAUACCUUUUAAUACUUUUUUUUAUAAUUUCAAGUUGAAGUGUUUUUAAAAACACCUUGUUUUGUAAUGUUUUGAAUUUCUUGAAAUGUAUUUACCCCACUAGAUACAUAUUUGCCACUGGUUAGUUCUCCAUCUAAGCUCAAGAGGUUAUUCAUCUCUCUUUAGAUUCCAGUGGUUUUUCUUUUAACAUCCAGGUAAAAUAGAAACUGCUAUGGUAUACAACCAAAUUUUGGGGUUAAACAUAAUCAGAAAAGAAAAUCCAGUUAAAUUUAUGAAGUGAGAUUUUCAGAUCCUAGAUCUUGAAUAUAGCAAAGGUCUUUUCAUCUUGAUGGCCCCAAAGCUUGUUGGUCAUAGUCUUUAUUUCUGGCCACUAUCUUCUUAAAUAAUAUAUUUUUAAGCCCUCAUUUAUUUUUGGUUUUGGAUGAGGAAAGUCAUGUUUUCUAAGUCCUCUCCCCUAAUAAAACCUACCCAACAAUAGUGCUUUGAAAAGUGGUAGUUAUCUUGAAGAUACUCUUGCCAAAUGCAAAGAUAAACAUUCUUUUUGUCUGCUUUAUAAAUAUGAAAUAUGCCAGAUCUAUAGUAUUUUAAUGUGCGUCUACUUUAAAUGAGUCAUCUUGGGGUUUUUAUAAUUCCCUUAUAUUCUUGCCCCUCUACACUUGAAAUAACAAAAUGCCUUAAUUUUAUAGAUUAGUUCUCUUAUAGUAGACAGGCAGCUAUAUGCAGCAAAACCAAUAAAGUUAUUUUUCAACUUUCAUAGUUGUAAAAUAUUUUAUAGCAAUACGAAACAGCUAAGAAAACAUGCCACAUUUUAUUUUAGCAUUUUCAAAUAAUUUGUUUUUGGUGUAAGCACAGGAUAAAAAAGGAGGGCAUCAAAGAAAAGAGACAUAAUGCCUAACAUUCAUAAAAAUUAACAAAGUAUAUUUUGGAUGAUAUUUUUACAGGAAAUAUUUUAAAUAAGUUGGUAGAAUUUUUAAAAUGGUACUGUAUUAGCUAAUAAAAUAUUCAGUACAAA